AUGGUCUCUCAUGCUGGAGACGACUUUUCACUGCGCUACAAACUUGGUCCGGAGACGAUCGAUGGACGAGCCUGGGUGGUCAGCAAUGGCUGCCCGAUAUUGAUUGCGCCAGGGGUCAGCGGAAUCCACAAGGAGUAA